CUAAACUUCCCGUUCGAAAAGCGCGGCAAAAAAAAGUAUCACACUAUGAUUUACUAAUUUCUUUUCCUCUUUUAUUGUUAACAUACCUAGGUUCCUGCCUGGAGGAUUUGGUGAUCCCCUGCUACUAGACAUGGAAGCAUGUUAAGCGAAAGCUUCUUCUAUUCCGUCCACAACCAUUUGAACCAUUUGAAAGUUUGGAAUUUGCGUAUAGCAAACUGAGGGUUUUACAAAUUGUACGUUACACAAAGUUUUGUAUAUGAAGACCAUUGACAAAAGUAUAUAUUUACAGCCUUAAGUUAACCAAUCGGAGUUAAUAUAACACCCCAGAUAUUUUGCGAAAGGUUCACAGUUCGGUGGAAAGUAACAUGUAUGUUACCAACCAGGUGAAAAUUGUCAAUAUUUGUCCCUAAAAUGUUUAAAAUCGAUGAUAAUAUCUGUUAUACAGUGAAGUGAGAUUUAGAUGAUGCUGGCAUACUUGCUUCUGAAGCGUAUCGUGUGUCGAAGUACUUAGUGUCACUCACUAUGUGGUCACGAGUGUUUAGUAAAGCUUGGUAAUGUUCUCCCUUUCUUACUCUCACUCAAAAUGUCAACCCUAAGUUCCUCAAGUUUGUAAACAGAAAGUUGGCAAGAUAUUGCAUCGUUGCUCACGUCGACUCAUAUUGGAAACUUCGCCCUCAGUUUGCAAACCCUAACUCAAAACUCCACUUUAACUCUUAUUACCGAACCCUAACCUUUUUGCAUUAUAACAUGUCAGUUGGUGAUAAAAACUUUAUGGAAUGAUAGCAUUAACCAAAAAUACUGGUCAGGCUCACAGUGUAUAUAUGAGUGGACUCUCUUUUUUCUCUUUAUUAAAAGGGACAUUGUGAUUUGUGACGGUUAAUUAUUACGAUCAAAGCUAUUUUUCCACUCUUAUCUCACCACGUCGAUUAGAAAGCAUUACUUGGAUGGGGACUAUCUGUUUGCUAAACAUCAUGUGAUGAAACUGAAUUCAUCAUGUCUAUAAAAUAUUUAAAUCUUUUUUCUACCUGAUUUGGGUAGAUUUUUCGUUUUGAACAUAUCGUUUUUGUAAGGUAGUUUAGGUAAACGAUUCUUUAAAGAACAUUAUUUUAAGAAUCAUUGAAGUUUCACACUAUUGUUUCACCUCGCCACGCUUACCAGUCUUUAGAGUUUUAUUAACUAAGUAAUGAAAAUCAUAAGUACCUCAAACAGUAUAUAUGUAUCGGUGUAAAUUACCUCAUCAUAGCAUCACAGUGUGGUAAAUUUGUAAAGACUAAUUCUAGAGUAGUAAAAGUAGUACCAUUACCAGUGAUAGAAAAUAUUAGACGUAGAUAUUGUUAUUCGAGAAGAAUAAAUGAUUUCACGAAACUAAAAGUCUAAGACAGUCUUGGUACCCAAAGUCUAAUUUAUGACAGAGUGAAUGCAUCUGCUCCAUUGUGACCUGUCAAUCACGUUAAACCAAUUCAUGAUCUUACGUUGGAAAUUCACAUGCCCGAAAAUCCCAUAAAAUGUGGUCGGCUAUAACUUCCUUUUAUCGAUUAUGUCCUGCCACGCAGAUUUUUUCGAGGUCUCUAUUGCUUUAUAGAUUAAGGUCUCAAUCAGUAAGACUAGGCUUUAAAAACACCAUGUCCUCUGUUUGCCUCACUUGAGCAGCACUUUUACGAUUUGACACAAGCUCGUUUUCUCUUUUGUUAUCUCAAUCCUUCCUCCGAGAUAGAUAAAAGUCAGCUAAGGCAAGUUAGGAAUAUGGUUACGGUGCUUUACGAAACUGUAUUUAUUCAAAAUAUUUUCCCCGGAACAAACUUGAAACAAACAAUGUUUGUGAAUGAAGUAACAUCUAAGUCUUACGUUAGACCGUGUUAACAACAAAUACUCUAUCUUAUAGCCAUUACAGUAAAAAGAAAAGUCCACAUAUUGUAAUUCUCCCACCCAUUUGUUUUGGCGAUGGAGAGUAAAUCUGAAGAGAAGAAUCCUGAUAUUGAACUGACUCAGUCGGACAUUUCCAAGACCCGUCAAGCACCUUUUGGUGAAGACAAUGAAUUUAUGGUCAAUAAAGAUACUGACAGUAUUUUAGAAAACACAAAUGAAUCGAAUAAAAAGUGGCGACUUGAAGGUGUAAAUAUAGUUGUAUUGUCUGUGAUAGUCUUAUCGACUGCUAUAACUAUAGCUUUAAUUUUCAGCAUUAUUUUUGGACAGCCUCAGGUCGUACCUCAAGGUGCUGUUGCAGUUGACGAUGACUUCUGUGGUCAAAUAGGCUUAAAUAUAAUGCGAAAAAACAAAGGGAAUGCUGUUGAUGCGAUGGUAUCUGUUAUGUUAUGCCUAACUGUAACUCGCCCUGAUGUUGCAAGUUUAGGAGGAUGUGGCGCUGUACUAGUUCGUGAUCGUAAUAAACAAUUAAGUCACUUAUUUGACUUCACUUGCCCUGUUCGUAAUAGUGCUACAGAACGAGAUAAACCAGAUAAAAAUAAACCUGCAAGUUUAGUAGGUAUCCCGUCUCUAGUACGUGGCCUCGCAGUUAUACAUCAACGAUUUGGUUCAUUAAAAUGGUCGGAUCUUUUCACUGGUGCGAUCGAUUUAACUAAAAACGGUUUCAUGCCUAGUAAAUCUUUAAUCGAAGCCGCGAAUAAAUUAAGAACAUUAAAUUCACCAGACUUUUUAAAACCAAUUUUAAAUCAAUUAAUCGAUGAAAAUACCCCAUAUUCUCCAUCGGUUGACUUACAUAAUACAUUACAACAUUUAGCUAAUCAACGUGAUGAAUACUUCUAUAAUACUAAUGAGAAUACAUUCAAUAAACAAUUUGUUGAUUAUAUGAAACAACAAGAUUCUCAAUGGUCAUUAGAAGAUUUGAAGAACUAUACAGUUAGUCGUCCAAAUGCAAUCAAAAUGGGUUUCGCUGGUUUCACAUUGGAAUCAUUUCCACCUCCAUUAGUUGGUGGUCCGUAUAUUUUACUCUUACUGAGCAAUUUAGAUCUUAAAGAUACACUCACUCCACUUGAUCAUCAAGCAUUACUCAAACAAGAUCCAAUUGUGACUGCUGUCUACUUGCAUCGUCUUAUGGAACUGGCUCGUUUAGCUGAAGCAUCAGUUACUACACUUGGAGAUCUGAGUGAUCCUACAAUAAGUGUAGCAGCUGCAUCUGCUCUAGACAGUAUCUUCUCAAAGUCUGUACGUGAAGCCACUGUAGCUAGUAUUCUAGAUGAUCGUGUGGUAAAGGAAAAUUCACAACUAGACGUCCUUCAAACAACUUCUGAAGGUGCCAGUAUCGGUAGCACAGGUAUUGUAACAACUGAUUCAACUAGUUUUACUGUUGUUGGUAAUAUAUUCAUGGGUUCAUCAUUUGGUAAUGGACAAAUUGUACCUGGUACAGGUGUACACUUGAAUUCAGUGUUACAAUUAUUCUCAGAAAUAAAAUUGAAUAAAUUUGCUCCUGGACGUCGUCCUCUUAUUCCACUUGGACCAGUUUAUUUAUCAGCUACACAUAGAAAAUGUGGUAUACGUGCAGGUAUUGUUUCGUUUGAUGGCUUAUGGGGUCUUACAGAUGCAGCACAAGUAAUAAGUAAUGCCGCAUUAUUUUUACGUGGUUCACAAUGUCAUACACCUAUUACACUACGACAAUUUACUUCUAUUUCUACAAUGAAUAAUGUAAAAGAACAAACUUCUAUGAUAUCAAUCAUUGGUAGUCAUAGUAGAUUUAGUCCAGCCAUUGAAAAAAAUUGUAUUAAUUCAACAUAUUCUAUUCAAUUAACUAGAAUACAUCCUAAUUAUAAUAUUACUAUACCAGGUAGUAUUACUAUGGAAUAUAUAUUAAAUCAUUCAUCAGAUUUUAUCAAUAAAUUAAAACAAUUAAAUUAUAAUAUAGAAUUAUUAUUAUUACCGAAUCAAUGGCCUAGUCGUGUUUUCUUAACUGGUUGGAAUGGUUAUGAUAUGAUUACUUCAGGGGAUUAUCGUUCAUUAAAUAGUAAAACAUUAUAUACAUUUUAAAAGAAAAAAAGAGAAGAAGAAAGAAAGAAAGAAAACUAUUCUCUUCAUAGUUUUCUUUUCUUUCUCUACAAUUUCUUUUUUUUGUGGCAUUUCAUUGUUUCUAUGGGAUUUUCUUUUUUCAUAUUAAUAAAUAUAAAUUUGAAAUGGGGCUGUGACUAAUUCAAUUAAUUUUAUUUCUUUAGUAUCCUUUUCCAUCUAUUACAUCAUAAUCAUCGACAUCAUGAAUCUCUUAUAUCGUAAGUGUUUCCUAUUAUGGUUCCGUUUUUUCUUUUGUUUUGUAAUUUGUUCCACUUUAUUUGUUUUUUCUUGUUUACUUAUUUAUUUAUGGUUUAUACACUCGAUGUUUUUGCAUUUCUUUUGUUCUUUUCUGGCUGUGUAUCAUUUCUUCUUUUUUCUAUGAAUUAACUGUUACAUAUCACUGUAUCCGUUUCUAUCGUUUUGUUUGAAAGAAAUAAAAAUCUGUUAUAUUGUGCUCAUUUUUUCAUUGAUAUUGGAUAGACUAACUGUUUAAUAUCGAAAUGAAAGUUUGUGGAGAUCGCAGUGAUUUUCAUAGUUGAAAUCAUGAGUCAAUCUAAGCUAGGCCUCCAAAAGCCCUGGUAUGGCCGAGAGUGGGGUGGGCCCGUCCUCCCUCUCGAAAUGCUCUCACACGGCCUCGCGUAUACAGCCUCUGCCAGAGAAGUCCUACUCACUGCCUUCUCGUGGCGGGGGUGUUGUUUACGAAAAUGAGAGGACGAAAAGCGAAUGUCCGGUGCUUUAACCGGAUCCCAAGCCAAUGGUGCACAUGGGCUCCAGUAUCCUGAGGGAAAAAUGGCGUAUGAACCAAUUGUUGGUCACCGGAUACCAUGUGGCUGCAUCUCCUCACGAUGCUCCACUGCCUUGUGGAUCAGACCUUAAAGUCAAAGGCUCGGUUUGGGCACCCGGGCAGUAUCACAGCCCUCACACAAAUCGAAUGAUCUAUGUGGCUCAGAUCUAUUUGGUGCCUCCUUGUACCAAUUUUUAUGUGUAUAAAUAAAUAAAUAAAGGUCAUCAUGGAAAACUUGGAAGCACUGAAUGGCCGUUUUGUCCUAUUGUGGGAAACUAAAGAUCUUGGAUUCGAGUCCUGUAUAUGGGAUUUUGUAUGCGCAGUGGUGACGAGUCUCACAUUAAGACAAAACGGUUAUCCAGUACUUCCAGGUUUUUUUUAUGGUGAUCUGGCUUAGAUUGACUGAUGAAUUCAACGAUCAGAUUCAGAAAACUCCUCGAAAAGAAGCCAAGAAAGGCUCUGAAAACAAUGAGAAGCAUUUUAUCUAGUCAGCAUUCAUAAGACAUUUUGCCAGAAACAUCAAGGAAGUGGAAAGUCACAUGUAGAAUUUCUGAUUGGAUGAUUACUUAUACUGCUACUAUGCUUAGUAGUAUUCCAUAAUUUUCGGGGAACCCAAGGAAUAUUUAAAAUACUAUAAAAACCCUAGAUUUUCUGUACAAAACGAACCUUUGGAGUAAAAUGUUUCUUACAUAUUUCGCGCCUUUUCUCUCGUGUUCAAGUCGCUGUGUGGUUCUAGCUUGGGGAUUACUAGAAGAGCUUAGGAACCAAAUCUAGCGUUCAAUUAGCAAAACAUAUCGAAAUGUUUAAUUGAAAUUCAUCAUCGCACUUGACAACCAAAGGACGAGUAUGUUGCUGAAAGGUUUAGUGGGAUAAAAAGGCGAAAUCAGAUUUUGAUUCGUUGUUAUAUUUGGUUAACAUUACUUCCAUUUGUUUAAUUCAAUAUGAUGAUUAUUCAGAAGAAUAUUUGUUUUGUUUUCCAAUGUCAUAUUUUAUUCGGUAU